AUGGCAGACACCACAGCUCUGAGUCGGUCGGCGAUGCCCUUCGGCCUGAUGCGUCGAGAGCUGGCGUGCGAGGGCUACCCAUCGAGCUGCGCUGCCCCAAGUGAUGUCAUCAUGAUCGAGACGGCCAACUACGGCCGCACGGACGACAAGAUCUGCGACGCCGACCCCUUCCAGAUGGAGAACGUCCAGUGCUACCUACCGGACGCCUUCAAGAUCAUGUCCCAGAGGUGUAACAACCGCACCCAGUGUGUGGUGGUUGCAGGGUCCGACGUGUUUCCAGACCCCUGUCCUGGGACCUACAAGUACCUGGAGAUCCAGUAUGAGUGUGUCCCCUACAUCUUUGUGUGCCCGGGCACUCUGCUGAGGGUUCAGGCAGCCAGCUCGAUCCAGGAGGCGGAGCACCAGUCGGGGGCGUGGUGCAAGGACCCCCUGCAGGCAGGCGACCGUCUCUAUGUCAUGCCCUGGACGCCCUACCGCACGGACAUGCUGUACGAGUACGCCUCCUGGGACGACUUCAAACAGACCCGCGCCACCACCACCUACAAGUUGCCGAACCGCGUCGACGGCACGGGCUUCGUGGUGUACGACGGCGCCGUGUUCUACAACAAGGAGCGCACGCGCAACAUCGUCAAGUACGACCUGCGCACGCGCAUCAAGAGCGGCGAGGCCAUCAUCGCCAACGCCAACUACCACGACACGUCGCCCUACCGCUGGGGGGAGUCGGACAUCGACCUGGCGGUGGACGAGAAUGGCCUGUGGGUCAUCUACGCCACCGAGUCCAACAACGGUCGCCUGGUGGUCAGCCAGGUGAACCCCUACACCCUGCGCUUCGAGAACACCUGGGAGACGAGCUUCGACAAGCGCCUGGCCUCCAACGCCUUCAUGGCGUGCGGCGUGCUGUACGCCGUGCGCUCCGUCUACCAGGACGACGACAGCGAGGCGGGCGGAGACCUGGUGCUCUACGCCUACAACACCAACCGCGCCCGCGAGGAGCCCGUCCACAUCACCUUCCCUAACCCCUACCAGUACGUCUCCUCCGUGGACUACAACCCCCGAGACAACCAGCUGUACGUCUGGAACAACUACAACGUGCUGCGCUACCCGCUGGAGUUCGGACCCCCGGACCCCACCACCAGCCCUCUGACCACCACCCAGGUGUCCAGUACCACUCCAGCCAAGCCCUUAACCUCCAGCUCCAGCCCUGCCACCACCCGCCCACUGGCGCCCACCUCGCGUCCUAUUGGCUCCAUCCACAAAGAGCCGGACCUGCGGCCAAUCACAGCCACUAUUCCUGUGACGCGUCGCCCUCCCAGGCCCCCGCAGGGCCCAGAGCCCCAUGUGUGUGAGGCGCGGUUGGCCCGGGGCGUGCAGUGGCCUGCCACCCAGAAAGGAGAGACGGUGGACCGGCCAUGCCCUAAAGGGUCUCUUGGCAUCGCCUCCUUCCAGUGCUUGGCAGGGCCAGUCAUGUGGAGCCCUCGGGGUCCUGACCUCAGUAACUGCACCUCCCCCUGGGUCAACCAGGUGUCCCAGAAGAUCAAGAGUGGUGAGAAUGCGGCGAACAUAGCCGGGGAGCUGGUGAACCACACGCGGGGGCGGAUCCAUGCCGGUGACGUCAGCUCGUCCGUCCGGCUGAUGGAACAGCUGCUGGACAUACUGGACGCCCAGCUCCAGGCGCUCCGCCCCGGCAACAAGGAGUCAGCGGCGCGCAACUACAAUAAGCUUCAGAAGAGAGAGAGAACCUGCCGGGCCUACAUACAGGCGGUAGUGCAGACGGUGGAUAACCUGCUGCGCUCGGAGGCGCUGGAGUCGUGGCAGGACAUGAACAGCACUGAGCAGGCACACACGGCCACCAUGCUAUUGGACGUUCUGGAGAAAGGAGCCUUCCUAUUGGCUAACAACAUGUACGGCAACCGCUUCUCCGACCGGGCCCCUAACAUCGACCUGGAGGUGCACGUGUUGAACACAGAGAUGGACCUCCAGGAUCUCUACUUCCCUCAGAACUACGUGAGCGACAGCACCAUCCAGCUGUCUGCCUCCACCAUCAAACAGUACAGCCGCAACGGUCAGUAACCCCCCACGUCCCCC